UCACCGGAUAGACAGAACCCUCAAAAUCCCUAAAUUCUAAAACCCAACAGAAAAGAAAGAAGACGAACAAAGGCGGAAACUUGAAUCUGACCUCGUCUUGGACGGUGCCCCUCUUGACGGUGAAUCGGUGGCAGACGAGGGCGCUCUCCUCGACUUGGAUCCCGAACUGCGCGCGGCUGAAGCGGCGGAGGAAGACCCCAGAGUCCAGCUUCCUGGCCCCCGCGAGGGCCUUCCACUCGAUCCUGGAGAGGAUGUGGCGGAGGAAGUCGGCGUCGAGCUCCACCUCGUCCUUAGAUAUAUAUGAGAUGGUGCAGUUCCCGUUCGAUCACUGAUGGACGUUACGAUAUUUCUGCUCACAGUCGAUGGUAAGAGGUUAGGCGCUCAAAUACCCUCGAGAAUGGAGUGGAGUGCAGUCCAAUCCCGUGGAAGCUUACCCAAAUAGCAUCACGAGAUUAAAAUUCCAUCUCUCUAAAGGUGACAAACAAUCACCCUUACAUCAAGUUAGUCCCUUUGGCAACUCAAUUUGUUCAGGUUUUUCCUACUCCACUCUCCACUAAUGCUACCUUUGUGUCUUUUUCUCUUACAUUAUAUUCCUUUCUGUCGCUUCCUUUUCCAUUCUUUUGUUUCAACAGGAUUAUUAUAGGAUCAGGCCAUGUUGCUCAUAGGUGAUUUUUCCCUUGAAUUACACACAAGCUUCUGUUUUGGCAACUCCAAAGGUGAUGAUUUCAGCUUAAUCUUCCAAAGAGGUUAGAGUUGAUAGUUGUUGGAUCACCAAAAGUACUACCCAAGUGUCAGUGUCAGCAUCAUCCUUCAACCUCUCCGCCGACGAUGGUGCGUCCUUCUUCUCAAACAGUGCAUGUAGUUGGCGCACAUUAAAUCCGUCACUGUAUCGUGAUGGAGAGAGAGAUCGUCUGCACACUGUAGCAGCACUUCCAUGCCUGUGCGACAUUAAUUGUCUGGCCGGUCAAACUGCUGCGGUAUCAGGGUUCUCCCAGGGUUCAGGUUUUGUUGGCAAUCCAUCGGUCGGCGAUGGGGGUCCGUCGUCUGGUGUGGUUGAAAAAUCCUGAAGCCGGGGUCGGCCGGCUCAGGAAGUGAGGUCAAAUGCUUCCCCUUGGAUUUUAAUGGGUGCAAGGGGCGGGGGGACCGCCGUGGUCGGUCUGCCGCUGCAACUCACGAGAGCACUUGGUCAACUUUUCUUUUGGAAUCUAAGCACCAGCCGAUUGGCACAACAUGGGAGGUCUCAACGUGGGGCAGUCAAGUCAAAUCGGGUCAACCACUUCCUUUGUCUUUGGUGCCCACACCUGCGCCGAAAGGACUGUGUGGAUGCGUUGGGGAGGACGACGGUAGGCAGCGGGCAGUUCCCACUAAAUUCCACUCUUCGCUGUCCCAUCACCUCACGGGGGUCAAUACUUGCAUGUGUGUCGUGCCGUACCGGGAGCCAGCAAAGUCAACAGAUGGGAGCCUGUCGCUGUGGCCCCGCCCCUCCUCCUCUUGCUAUUUCACAAUCGGCGCUUUGGUCGCUUCUCUCGUCUUCCCCAAAUCGAUUCUUUUUUGCUUCAAGAGGGACAUAAAGAUCCGAUCUUUGCGCUCGUCGUCGCCACCAAAUCUUGGAUAAAGGUUUGAUCUUGGCGGACGAUUUCGCGGAAUCGGUGGGGGUUCUCUUUCGGGAUCGAGGGUUUUAGCGGUGUGACCGUCUUCGAAAUCGCAUACUGCGGGAUUGGUAUGGAUGAGCACUUCAGGAUUUAGCUGGUGGGAGUAUAUCUGGGGAUUCUUAUGGACAAGUUAUGCUGCUUCAGUGGUUCCUGCUCUCAGGUCAUUCUUCAAAUGAUGCUGGUAAAGGAAAAAGUUCUCUGAGUGGUGUAAAAAUUACUUAUGGUUUUAGUCUUGUAAAGGGGAGGGCUAAUCAUCCAAUGGAAGAUUAUCAUGUUGCAAAGUUCAUCCAGAUAAGGGGGCAGGAGCUUGGUCUCUUUGCUAUAUUUGAUGGUCAUUUGGGUGAUGAUGUACCUGCCUAUUUACAGAAGCAUCUGUUUACUAACAUUCUUAAAGAGGAAGAUUUUUGGAAUGAUCCAGGAGGAGCAAUUUUCAAAGCCUAUGGAAAGACUGACAAGGCAAUUUUGUCACAAAGUCCCGAUCUAGGACAAGGUGGAUCGACAGCUGUUACUGCAAUUCUCAUGAAUGGAACGAGAUUGUGGAUUGCUAACAUUGGUGAUUCACGAGCUGUUCUUGCAAAAGGUAGAGAGGUUAUACAAUUGACUGUUGAUCAUGAACCCAGCACUGAACGUGGAAGAAUCGAGAAUAGAGGUGGAUUUGUCUCGAACAUGCCAGGAGAUGUACCCAGAGUUAAUGGUCAAUUGGCUGUUUCCCGUGCUUUCGGAGACAAGAGCCUCAAAUCCCAUUUGAGCUCAGAUCCCGAUAUACGCUUUGAGGACGUGACUGCUGAUUGUGAUCUACUCAUCCUUGCAAGUGAUGGCCUGUGGAAGGUCAUGAGCAAUGAAGAGGCAGUCGAUAUUGCUAGGAAGGCUAAGGAUCCACAAGCAGCAGCUAGGCUUUUGACAGCUGAAGCAGUGAAUAAAGCUAGCAAAGAUGACAUCUCUUGCAUUGUUGUCCAACUAAGGGCACAGAGGUGUGAUGGUUAUGGACGACCUUGAGGAAGUCAUCAAUAGACACAUGCAGGAUGGCAUAAACCUCGAGCUGGAUGUGCGCAAAGGUGCAGUCUGUCAUUGCCUACCAGAUGGUAGGAACUAAAUUAGAUCUCUUGUGCGGUUCGAUUCUUCUGUAAAUUGCUUCUUCCUUCAUUAGGGUUUGGAAAGUGUGGUAUUGUUUGAUUUCUUCGGCACAUUAGUUAAUGAAAGUUUCUCUAUGUGUUUGUCAGCACGGAAACUGAGUUCUCAAGAUUUGGUUA